CUGUGCAAUAAAGUGACGAUACUUUUUCAUCUUUAUAUCCAUCUAGAAGUCAAGAAUCUCCUUUAGGCGUGUUUGUAUCUCCAUGGAAAAAAAAAUAUAAAAUGGUCCCCUACCUCUUUGUUUCCAUGAAGAACUCACCUAUUAUUCCUUUCUGAUAACACUACUAUAAAUAGGCAUUACUAACAUUACCACAAAUGCACAACUCCUAAACUUCGUAAUCCAUCUUUGAGUGCAAGCAAACCCAAAAAGGGAGAGAAAAUGGCUGAGAAGCACAAUCAUACGCAACAAGCACUGGUUCAAGGGCACCCGAGAAAUGGUGAAGAUCACUCGACCACUUUCCAAUUCCAGGAUGAGAUCAAGCGUGAGAAGAGAAUGAAAUUGUACAAAUAUAUUGGUAUUUUCAUUGUGUUUCAGAUUAUAAUUUUGACUGUGUUUGGUCUCAUGGUGAUGAAAGUUAAGACCCCUAAGGUGAGAUUGGGCGCCAUCAACAUUCAAAGUCUCAACUCCGUCCCUGCAACACCUUCUUUUGAUGCAAGCUUCACCACCCAAAUUAGGGUUAAGAACCCGAACUGGGGCCCCUUUAAGUUUGAUGCAAGCACUGCAACUUUUUCGUACCAAGGCGUGCCUGUGGGGCAAGUUGUGAUUCCGAAGAGCAAGGCUAGAAUGCGUUCGACCAAGAAGAUUGGUGUCACGGUGAGUUUGAAUUCCAAAGCAUUGCCAAGCAGUUCUGAUCUUGGCAGUGAAUUGAAGAGUGGGGUGUUGACGUUGAGUAGCCAAGCCAAGUUGUCUGGAAAGGUGGAAAUUAUGGCGGUGACCAAGAAAAAUAAGUCCGCCCAAAUGGACUGCGCUAUUGUGUUUGACUUGUCUAGAAAGGCAAUUCAAGCUCUGCAGUGCAAAUGAUAUCAGAAACAAGCCAAUAAGCAGUUAUUACUGCGCUUUAGAUUUGACAAUGAUCAAAACUAGCUAGUUGGAUCUUGAUUUGUUUUAUUGCGUUAUUCCUUUUUCUAUGUAUGAUACCUGAAUGUAAAUUUGUUGUGUACCUACAAUGUUCUUUGUUAUUUUACUCUAUUUCGCAAUUUGGUUCAAGAGGUAUUUCU